AAGACUUCGUCUAAUCUAGUUCCUUUCUUGUCCUUCUUGCUGCUUUAGGCAUGGCUAUGGCGGCGUCUGUUAUCCAAUCUUCUCCGCUCUCGUUCAAUUGUUGUAACAACGAAAAGCCGCGGAUUAAACAUAUCAUCAGGGUUCAUAGUUCCGGAAUCAAAACCAAAAACAAAGUCUCUCCAUUGAGUGCGGUGGGAUUGAGGUCAGGCCUUGGAAAUAGAAGGCAAUCUCUUUUGAUAUGCCAUUCGGCCAUUAACGCCAAAUGCAGUGAAGGACAAACACAGACCGUUACUCGAGAGUCACCGACUAUAACACAGGCUCCCGUCCACUCUAAGGAGAAAUCACCAAGCCUGGACGAUGGAGGAGACGGGUUCCCACCCCGAGAUGAUGGAGAUGGAGGUGGUGGAGGAGGAGGUGGAGGCAACUGGUCGGGUGGGUUCUUCUUCUUUGGUUUCCUGGCUUUCUUGGGUCUAUUGAAGGAUAAAGAGGGUGAGGAAGAUUAUCGAGGGAGCCGAAGGCGAUGAUAAAAUAUGGGUCAUUGGAUUAGUUUUGGUUGAGGCUACAGGUCUCAUUUUGUAUCUGUUUCGUUGAGUGGGGGAUGACUACAUAUGAUAUGCGUUGUGUUCAAGAGAAAAGACGGUUGAGUUAAACAAAACUUGUUACUUAAUGAUAACUCUUGAAAGUAUACAAACAAAUUCGAAAUUAUAGAGAUAAUAUAUAUUAUAUAGGCAAUAAAAUAUGGAUUAUUAUUGGGGACC